AUGGGGCCCUGGGCCGUCCUGUGGAUGACACUCUGGCUCUUCUGCCUCCUGCCCUCUGCCAGGGCCCAGACGAAGAUCCCACUGGACACGGUGAAGUCUUGGGCAGAUGCCUUCGGUGGGGAGCUGUACUCCAUCGUGACUAAGUAUUCAGGCUCUCUCCUGUUGCAGAAGAAGUACAAAGAUGUGGAGCCAACACUGAAGAUCAAAGAGGUGGAUGGCUUGGAGCUGGUGAAGAAGUUCUCAGAGCAGAUGGAAAGCAUGCUCCGCAGGAAGGUCGAAGCUGUUGAGAGGUUGGUGGAAGCAGCAGAAGAUGCAGAUCUGAACCAUGAGUACAACUCCUCACUGGAGUUUGAUUACUACAACUCUCUCCUAAUUAAUGAUAAGGAUGAAAAUGAUAAUUAUGUGGAGCUUGGAGAUGAAUUCAUUUUGGAGCCAAAUGAGCAUUUCAAUAACCUGCUGGUGAACACAACGUACAGUGACAUCCAGCUCCCCACCAACGUCUACAACAAAGACCCGGAUAUCCUGAAUGGUGUUUACAUGUCAGAAGCCCUGAAUCCUAUUUUUGUGGACAACUUUGAAAGGGAUCCCACACUGACUUGGCAGUACUUUGGCAGCUCCACUGGAUUCUUCAGGCUCUACCCAGGAAUAAAGUGGUUACCAGAUGAGAACGGAGUCAUCUCCUUUGACUGCAGGAAUCGUGGCUGGUACAUCCAAGCGGCCACCUCUCCCAAGGACAUUGUCAUCAUUGUGGACGUCAGUGGGAGCAUGAAGGGCCUGCGGAUGACCAUUGCCAAACACACCAUUACCACCAUUUUAGAUACUCUGGGAGAAAAUGACUUUGUCAACAUCAUUGCAUAUAAUGAUUAUGUGCAUUUUAUUGAACCCUGUUUUAAGGGUAUCCUGGUCCAAGCAGACAGGGAUAACAGAGAGCACUUCAAGCAGCUGGUGGAUGAACUGCAGGCAAAAGGAGUGGGCACUGUGAACAAGGCUUUGACAGAGUCCUUCAAAAUACUGAGGGAGUUCAGAGAGGCUGGUCAAGGAGGCUUGUGUAACCAAGCUAUCAUGCUGAUCACAGACGGAGCAGUGGAGGAUUAUGAAGCUGUGUUUGAAAAGUACAACUGGCCAGAUCGGAAGGUCCGGGUUUUCACUUACCUCAUUGGACGAGAGGUCACUUUUGCCCCCAACGUGAAAUGGAUUGCCUGCAACAACAAAGGCUACUACACUCAGAUCUCCACACUGGCAGACGUCCAGGAGAACGUGAUGGAGUACCUGCAUGUCCUCAGCCGACCCAUGGUUAUCAACCAUGACCAUGACAUUAUUUGGACUGAAGCCUACAUGGACAGUGCGCUCUUUGCAUCUCAGGCUCAAAGUCUGUUGCUCAUGACAACAGUGGCUAUGCCAGUCUUCAGCAAAAAGAACGAGACGCGAUCUCAUGGCAUUCUCCUGGGUGUGGUGGGCUCUGAUGUACCACUGAGGGAGUUGUUAAAACUUGCUCCACGGUAUAAGCUGGGCGUCCAUGGAUACGCCUUUCUGAACACCAACAAUGGGUACAUCCUUUCACACCCAGACCUCCGUCCUUUGUAUAAAGAAGGAAAGAAACUGAAGCCUAAGCCAAACUACAACAGUGUAGAUCUCUCAGAAGUGGAAUGGGAAGACCAGGAUGAAAUACUGAGAACUGCCAUGAUCAAUGGGGAAACAGGCUACCUCUCCAUGGAUGUGAAGGUCCCUGUGGAUAAAGGGAAACGAGUUCUCUUCCUCACCAAUGAUUAUUUCUUCACGGACAUCAGUGGAACACCCUUCAGUCUGGGUGUUGUGCUGUCCAGGGGACAUGGGGAGUACAUUCUGCUGGGGAACACUUCAGUGGAAGAAGGUUUGCACGACCUGCUCCAGCCAGACUUGUCUUUAGCAAAUGAAUGGAUUUACUGCAUCACCGACAUUGAUCCGGACCACCGGAAGCUCAGCCAGCUGGAGGCUGUGAUCCGCUUCCUCACUGGAGAGGAGCCUGACCUGGAAUGUGAUGAGGAGUUGGUCCAGGAAGUGCUGUUUGAUGCAGUAGUCACUGCACCCAUGGAAGCCUACUGGACAACACUAGCCCUCAAUAUGUCCAUGGAGACUGGGACAGGUGUUGAGAUGGCAUUUCUGGGCACUCGGGCUGGACUCAUGAGGAGUGCCCUAUAUGUGGGCUCUGAGAAAAUCUCCAACAGGUAA